AUGAUGCUUCUAACUCAAGUGCAACUUCUUCUGGUGUUCACACUCACCGGUGCUCUGUGGUGUGUGAUGGGCAAUUCUCUCGUAAUGGACCCUAACAGCAUCUGCAGGAGAAGUAAGCUCACAGGGGGCGCUUAUGCUGAACUGUGCCAAAACCAGCCUGAAAUCAUCCAAGAAGUGGCCAAAGGGGCACGACUGGGCAUACGCGAAUGCCAACACCAGUUUCGGCAACAACGCUGGAACUGCACAAACCAUAGCAGGAGUCUAGGAAAAAUCAUACAGCAAGAUAUUAGAGAGACGGCAUUCGUAAAUGCCAUCACGGCUGCAGGAGUGCUGCAUGCAGUAACGCAGGCUUGCAGCCAGGGAGACCUGCAACAAUGUGGCUGUGUGGCCAUUAAGAGCUCAACUGGUGGGCAGACAAUGGACAGUAAAAACACUGUACAACCCUGGGAGUGGGGGGGAUGUGGGGAUGAUGUGGACUUUGGCUACAAGAUCUCCCGGCACUUCAUGGACACCAGGAGGAGGAAGGGCAAAAGUGAUAUCAGGACCCUGAUUGAUCUCCACAACAAUGAGGCAGGAAGACUGGCUGUCAAGACCCACAUAAGAACUGAAUGUAAAUGUCACGGCCUUUCUGGAUCCUGUACCCUCCGCAGCUGCUGGAGGAAGCUGCCCUUGUUUCGCCAGGUUGGAGAUCACCUUAUGCAGGGCUUCCACACGUCGACUCGCGUGAUGGGCGGCAAUGACGGUAAAUCUCUCGUCCCUCUGGACCAACAUGCCCCACCCCUGACUGAUCACAGUCUCAUUUAUUCAGACGAAUCUCCCGAUUUCUGCACGGCCAAUCGUAGGAUUGGAUCCGAGGGGACCCAGGGACGGGUGUGUAACAGUACAGAGACGGGAUCUGGAGCUUGUGAUUGGUUGUGCUGUAAUAAAGGACACGGAGUACACACUCUGGAGUAUGAGGAGAACUGUCUGUGCCAGUUUCAGUGGUGCUGCGAGGUACAAUGUCAGAUAUGUGUGGUGAAGAAGGAGGUCAGCGUCUGCCUUUAA